UUAAAUCCACGGACUUUACAGCCUGCACACCCACGACUGUUUCUACAAGGCAGAGCUAUUGAACUUUUUCAUUCAAGUGGAAAUUUGUCGCUCACUGCGUCCUGAUGUUGAGCUGCCCGCUGGACUAGAGCGAUUUUGGGACCAAUUGGGGACCGCAGCUGUCCCGGACCAUGGACUCGACAGGUGAACCGGAGACGUACUGAAGACGCAUAUCUCCCUCGGGAGAGGGCUCCCUCCGAGGGGCGAUGCGGAUCCCUUUAUUCCGUCUCACCGCCUCUCUGUGCGCCAUGGUUCUCCUCCUCCUCGCACCUGCCUCGCAGGGCUGUGGACCAGGGAGGGGAUACGGCAAGAGGCGUCUUCCAAAGAAGCUCAUCCCGUUAGCCUACAAGCAAUUCAGCCCAAAUGUGGCCGAGAAGACAUUGGGGGCGAGCGGGCGUCCCGAGGGCAAAAUUACGCGCAGUUCGGAACGCUUCAAGGAGCUGACACCCAACUAUAACACAGAUAUCAUCUUCAAGGAUGAAGAGGACACCGGCGCGGACAGACUGAUGACCCAGCGCUGUAAAGACAAGUUGAACUCCCUGGCCAUUUCUGUGAUGAACAUGUGGCCUGGUGUGAAGCUGAGAGUGACAGAGGGUUGGGAUGAAGACGGCCAUCACUCAGAGGACUCGCUGCAUUAUGAGGGCCGUGCUGUUGACAUCACCACAUCAGACAGAGACAGAAACAAGUAUGCCAUGUUGGCUCGACUUGCUGUAGAAGCUGGAUUUGACUGGGUCUAUUAUGAGUCUAAAGCCCAUAUUCAUUGCAGCGUCAAGUCAGAACAUUCUGUCGCAGCCAAAACUGGUGGUUGUUUCCCAGGCGAUGCUCAAGUUACCCUUGAGAAUGGAGUUACCAAACAGAUGCAUGACCUUCAUCCCGGUGACCGUGUUUUGGCUUCAUCGACAACUGAUGGGCGUGGUCCACUUCAUUACAGUCCAGUUCUAUCCUUUUUGGAUCUCCAGUCUAACGUCACGAAGAUUUUCACCCACAUUGGAACCAACACUGGACAUAAUAUAACGCUCACAGCGGCGCACCUCAUUUUCAUCACUGACUGUGCAGAUGGAAUCGGCAAAGAAGAUGUGAGGACAUCAUUUGCCAGUGAGGUGAAGCCGGGUCAGUGUAUUUUGACCUCGCAUGGGACGGAGACAACGCAAGCUCUUGUGACAUUUGUCGAGGAGAGGCAGAGCACUGGGUUGUAUGCCCCGCUGACCCAGCACGGGUCUAUAGUGGUGAACAGAGUUUUAGCAUCAUGUUAUGCUGCUGUGGACAAUCAUCAUUUGGCCCACUGGGUUCUUGCCCCGCUGCGUUUGGUCCGCACCCUGAUGGGUCCCGCAAAACAACAAACUGAUGGAGUGCACUGGUACCCUCGGCUUCUGCAGAGGGUCGGGGAAAUGCUACUGGACCCAAAACACUUCCACCCUUUGGGAAAUGAGCGAGGACUCUGACAGAGGAACAAAUACUUUCAAGUCAGCUUGUAUUUAAAUCAUCAAUUCACGGCUUUCAACCAAAAAAGAAAAAAACUUUUUAUUCUAUGCAAGGGCGUAGGUUUGAUCUCAACAUUGGUAGGGACUAUUUAACAGCAUAACCUGCAUGUACACUAUUUUUGCUGGGGACGGGACAUUUAUAAGACCAAACAGACUGGGUGAACGGGGUCAGGGCUUCAUUUCUCACCAAAAUUAACCUAAUUAAUUGAUAGGCUAAAUGAUCAAUGCAAAAAUAAAUCUGUAUUGACUUAUACCAACUUUCAUGUGUAUUGGUUCAGGUGAUACACCGUUUGAUUCAAACCUUUAUUUUCAAAAACUACUAAAGAAACAUUUUGAAAUCUUCCAGAAUAAAUGUCUGGAUUUCGUUAGCAAAUUUAACUUGCAAUAUUUGAGCACAAAAUAUAUUAACAUACACAAGAAAUAAAAACUUGUUAAUCAUCAAUUAACUAUCUAUAAAGGGGUAAUCCUUAGUUUACUACAUAUCUUACAGUUUAAUUAAAGUUAACAGUAGAAAACAUGUGAGGACAUUUCUCUCAAUGCAGUUCUCUCCUUGAGUUCCAGAAAUUCACACGGAUUAAUGUUAUGCUAACUCUGACGCAGGUCGGACUUUCAGUAUAAAAAUUAGUAUUGUGUUCCCCACCUCGACAACAUUGACAUCCUUUUACAUUACUUACGAUGGCUACUGCUGGCGGAAAGUAAACACUAAAUAUCCCUCGUCUUCAAAGGGGGCGAAGGAGGCGGCAUGUUGUAUUUCUGUUAGGCUGUGAAUGCGUG